CAAGUGACGUGUUGACAGCUCCCAAAAUAUGUAGCCACAAUAGAAGCAAGUAGUUAAAGGGGAUAUGUGUAAACUUUAAUUUGACAGACACUAUGGGUGUGUUCAAGUACUCCCCCGUGGACUUCGUCUUUAUUCUUUGUGGACUAGUGUUCUUGCUGCUUGACAUAGGGCUGGAUAUAUGGGCAGCUGUGACUUUCUACCAAGAAAAAGCCUACUGGAGCCUUGGCAUCCUGCUGCUGCUUCUCAUCGGCUCGUCCAUUCUUGUUCAGGUCUACAGCUGGCUGUGGUACAGCUAUGAGGAAUUUAAGAGGCAGACAAAGGUUGAAAAUUGCCUGAGCCCGAGCCAGCUCAGGCUGCUUCAUGUUUUCCAGCUGGGGAUCUACUUCAGGCAUGCAGGUGUCGUGGAGAUCUCCUUAUGCAACUCCUACUCAGAGGUCGAUGACCCCGAGGGUACAGCAGUGUUCCUGAGCCACGACCUGAGCAUGCUGCGGCUCAUAGAGACGUUUUCGGAGAGUGCCCCUCAGCUUGUCCUCAUGCUCACUAUCAUUAUGCAGCGGGGCGAGCUUGACCCUGUGACAGUGUUAAAGGCCCUUGGGUCAGCCUCAGCCAUCGCCUUCAGUGUGACAAUGUACCACCGCUCCCUGCGCUCCUUUCUGCCCGACAAACAGAAACAGCAGAUGAUCUCCUCGUUAGUCUACUUCCUCUGGAACCUGUUCCUCAUUACGUCUCGUCUAACCGCCCUCGCCCUCUUCGCCUCCGUGCUGCCCUGCUUCAUCUUCACCCACUUCUUGUGCUCUUGGAUAAUGUUAUUCUUUUUCGUCUGGAGAGCCAAGACGGAAUUCAUGGACAGUGCUUGUGGAGAAUGGCUUUACAGAGCCACUGUGGGCCUCAUCUGGUAUUUCGACUGGCUUAAUGUGGUCGAGGGGAGGACGAGGUACAGGACUCUGCUCUAUCAUGGCUACAUACUGGUUGACAUUUCUCUCCUCUGUGGUCUGUGGUGCUGGAAGAUGAGCACAGAACCGCCUUAUUUUGAAAUCCCACCCCUGUAUGCUGUCAUCACAGCAGUCUGUGUUGUUGGGGUUUACAUCCUUGGCCUCCUUUUUAAGAUGAUAUAUUACAAGUACAGCCAUCCAAGCCUGACCAAGGAGGAGCUAAAAGGGGACACUGCAGAAAAGUCCAGAGUUGGACAGGGACCUACUAGGACUCCAUUCCCUGGAGAUGAGACAGACUUUCCUAUAUCCUCAUUGGAAGAUUUAGACGUGGAGGAGAUUACAUAUCGUAGCUGGCCAAGCCCACCUGCACUGGUCACUAAACGCUGCAAUAAAAGAAUGAAGAAGUUGGCUGAGAACUUCUACGCCUGAGCAGCGUCACCUGACAUCCACUAGACACGGAGGUUAGACUGACUCAUGCAGACUUGACAAGCCUCAUUAAUCAAGAUCAUGAGGUUGUGUGGGAUAGAGGGACUGUGACCUGCUCCCUGAUUCAGCCUCAUGGGAAACGACUACAAGUCACGACUGCUGUAUUCUCAUAAGCACUGUCUUCACUGCACUAAGUGGUGCUGCUAUGUGCCGAUCAUCAUUUAAUUUAUUUUUUUGGGGGUUUUGGGUUGCUGUAAUUUUCCUUCUUGUUCGUACUGCCUGUGGAGAGAUUUUUAAAGUCCUCCUUCAGACAUGAUUUCAAGUAUUUCAAAUAUUUCUUUCUCCCUCAUUGAAAAAAUUCUGGAUCUGGCCUCUGCCCUGCCCACCACUGCUGCUUGUCUUAGACUGAUUGGUGAAAGAGCAGUGUGCAUCCAAAUGGCUUGUGUUAAGCCUUAUUUAUGGUUUGGUGCAUGACACUUUUGAUGAGUGUCGCUCGAUAGAAAAGAUGUAUUUCCAACGGGAAAAAAGUGUCAACAUAAAAGUCGGUGACUGUUGGAACAGUGGACUAACUAAUGAGAUCUGUAGUCAGACGUGUUAUCCAGUGCACCACUGGCCCGCAUGACUAACUUAUUAGAUGACUAAAAAGAGUAACCGAGAUGGAUUAUUUGGUUUCUGAUGAGUUUAAAAGAGGGUUUUACAAUGAGUUUGCUCAGUCAGUUAAGCCAGCCUUAGUUCCAUGUCUGAGAGAAAUUUGAAUUCAAAAGACGUAGUUGUAUUUUUCUGUUUUAAUAAGGAAAAGAGGUGUGAGAAUAUGACUUAGAUGAACAUUUUGUGAGUUUAUAUUAUGUAUUUAUUUGUCUGAAAAAGCUAGAGUAUGCUGAAAGUAGUGGGAUGGGGGCAUAGCAGUGGCGCACACUCAUAUCAUGGUAUACUGUAUACCCCAGUGUGAAAUUUUACCCAAGCCUUCUGUGACGUCACGCAUUGUUUUAUAGACUCCCGUUUUGGCCUUCGGUGACCAUAUUUUGCCCUAACACUAGCUGCCAGACUGGUUACACAAUGCAUUUACAGCUGUUAACUGUGAUUUUGCUUAUGCUAAUGCUAAUUUUUGUAAGUGAAGAAUUUUAAUUUAUUUUUUUAAAUUUUAUAUACUUUAUUAAUCCCUGAGGGGAAAUUCAAUUUUUUCACUCUGUUGUCAAUUACACACAGGUUUGAACACACACAUGCACAAACAGGACCUAUACAUGCACUAAAUGGAGAUAACGGGCGCUCCGAGCGGUUGGGGGGUUGGGUGCCUUGCUCAAGGGCACCUUGGCAGUGCUUAGGUGGUGAACUGGCACCUUUCCAGCUACCAGUCCACGCUCCAUGUUUUGGUCCAGACGGGGACUUGAACAGCCGACCCUCCAGUUCCCAACCCAAGUCCCCAUGGACUGAGCUACUGCCGCCCCAAGAACAAGCUUAAACCCGUGAUUACAAAAUGUUCUUAAUAGAAAACCCUAACACCCAACUCCUCAUAGGGUCUUUGAGUAUGACCAAAUGCUGUACAGACAUUUCUUAGGCAACCAAAAUGUUAACGUGAGGAGGGUGACUGAACUAUAUUGUUGUGAAAGCUUAUAGUUGAAUAGCAUUAGGGGGGAUGUCUUUGGCAUGUAUGGAAGGGAGGAAUGAUUGUUAACGACCAAUAAGGACCAGUCUAUUAACAGCUGCCCAGAAACAUCUUCCGAUAUCACAUUUCUCAUUAAGAAACAGAUUUUUACUGAAAAUGUUUACGGAUUAUAUUUAUAACAGAUGUUGUUUGUCAAUAAUUUGUAAUUGUAUUUUUGUAUACAAUUGUAUUUUUUUAAUGGUAAUAUAUAAUAAACCAAAACUUGAGUCUGAAACUUUUUGAAAUUUAUUUACACUGUACUGAGUGUCUAAGGUACACAGGGAAACCUUACAGGGCUGUGUCGAGGUCCCAAACAGCUACUGUGGGGAACAUAGUGAUUAUUGUAAUUAAAUUAGCAUCGAUUAUUAUGAUGGUGCUCCGUUUACAGGAUCACAUUCAGGCUCUCUACAUGUGGCCUCACAGGUCCUUGAAAAUGAGAUGAAAUACAUUAAAAAACAAAACAAAACAUUAACAUACAGUAUUUUAAAAAAUAAUAACAGUAUUUGGCAUUGGAAAAAAAAAAGAGCACACAUAGAAGAAUAUAGCCCCUUAAACAUUGCAUGGUCAUUAUUUAACAGCCAUGGUAUACUUCAAAACAGACAUGACAUGCAGACAAAGUAAAGAAAUAAACAGAAAACACAUUCAAUAUGCAGACAAAAAUGCAAAGAUUGCAUAUGGUCUCAAUUUUCUCAAACGCCAGGACUGAUAGAUUUACCUUUAAUUCACACUGAACAAUCAAACAUGCCUUUCACUUUAGUAAUCUGCAUUAAAAAUACCAUGUAUUUAGAUCGUGAUUGUCUCUAAGCGAUGCUAAGCGUUUCACAGCAACAAAACAAACGCAAUCUCCUUUUCAAAAGGAAGCAGAAAUCUAAUACAAAGCAGAAACUGAAUGCUGAUGGUGGGAUUUCCACAAGUAACAUUUACAUGAAACACAAAUGUGUUGUCAAUCCAAAUUGAGACAUCUAUUCUUUGAAAACGUAACUGAUAGCAAAGUAACUGUUCUUCGGCCCUUCACUAAAAUUUUCUUUAAACACUGAGCAACCCACAUGAACUUUUCCCCAAAAUGGAUGUAUAGUUUUCUAGAAGGAGGCCUUUCAAAUACAGUGCAGACAACACAAUCAAAUCAAACAAAGUCUAGUAACAAAAAAACACUUAAAAAAAGUAUUGAAUUAAAAAAAGUAAGAUAACACUUUGGAUAAUAUAACAAUGCAGUGAUAAAUGUAUCAAACAAAAUCUUUCCCUUUGAGAUUAUGCAUACAGUUGAUGGUUAAAGGCACAAUAUAAAUAUGCACAGUCACGCAAGACAAACAAAAAUUACACAGAAAUACACAUUCUUAACGGUCAAGCUGCAUGUGUGUAAAUACGAAGUCUUCUUCAGGCUCAGUAUUGUUCAGUCAUAAUCUCACACGGACCGGGGGACAGUCGAUCGACUCCUCCGGCUUCUCUCACCAUCUACAAAAUGAAAAGUCCCUUGAAAUACAGUCAGUGAGCAAAGUAGAAAUGUAUUGCACAGUCAUCAUCCUUUGUGUAAAUUUGUCCCCUCUGAUACGCCUCCGAGAGGUUGUGGGUUGUCAUGUGGCUGAAAAAUUCAAAGCUAUGGUUGCACUUAUUGGAUACACUUAAAUUCCUAAAUUUUAACUAGAGCUGAAACAAUUAAUUGAUGAGUCUGCAACUUUUUUUCACAAUAAACUAAUUGUUUCAGUAAGUUUUUGUACACAAAAGCACCAAAAAUUCACUUGUUUUAAAGUGAAUAUUUGCACUUUUACAUAUUCCUCAGACAAUAAAUUUGGUCCAACAUAAGCAAUUUUAAGACGUCACAUUGAGCUGUGGGAAACUGUUAUGGACAUUUUUAACCAUUUUUUUGACAUUUCAUGGACAAAAUUAGGGCUGCAACUCAUGGUUAUUUUCUUGAUUGAUCGUUGGUCUAUAAAAAUGUCAAAGAAUAGUAGUAGGAGCUACUCACAAUUUCCCAGACCCCAAAGUGACAUCUUCAGAUGCUUGUUUUGACCAACAAUCACUCAAAAAAACCAAAAGAUACUCACUUUGCUAUCAUAUAAGUCCAAGAAAAACAGCAAAUGCUCACAUUUGAGAGGCUAGAACCUGUUAAUUAGUGGCAUUUUUGCUUAAAUUUUUUUUACUACAACUGAAUUUUUUUUUUCAGAUUGACCACUUAGUUAAUCAACUAAUCGUUGCAACUCUAGAUGAAACAGUUGACCAAAAAUAUUGAGAAAAUAAUUUGCAGAUAAUCCGAUAAAGACAAUUUUUAGUUGCAGCUUCAGUUUUAACUAACUAAUACAACGAAUGCUGACAACUGCCUGAAAAACAACUGAGAAACAUGUUGAGUAAAGUCUUUGGAAACGAAAGUAUGCAAGUUCCUUUUUGGUAAAUGACCAUUUUGACAUUCAGUUGCAUUAACAGAGCAACUCUGGUUUUGUUGCAACAACAUGACAACAUGUAAGAGAAAUCAAACUUAAUCCUACUGGCUAAGACUAUUUUUUGCCCUGGUUUUGUCAAAUUGUACAAAUGCUUUACGAACACCGCUCUCCUCCUGUGAUGAGAUGCAACAACUGUCUUCACUAUGAGAAGAGGAAACUCAUAAUGAAACCUCUUAAGUGAUUAUAAUCCUCCAAACAAUAUAUAAGCUGAGUCAGAGGCUGAAAGGUGAGAGCACGGACGGAUUAUGAGACAAUGGGGCCCCUGAGGACAGAUGUCUCAAAACAUAGGAGCACCCACGCAACCAGGACUUCAUCCUGAACCAAAGCUAUUGGGUGCUGUUGUUGGUUUAAAAACUAAACUUCAGUGUUUAGUUCAUGCUGGACACAAAGAGAAAGAGAGAGGCUGUCUAAAGCUUCCUGACACAACAGAUCCAUAACAGACAGUUUUCCAUUCAAACCAAUUCAGAUCCUGCAUCCCGCAAGUUUGGGCCAAUGGAGCCGUUAUCUGUAGUUGGGUUUCCAUUCAUACGGAGCGCAAACUUUAACCAAAUUUACAGAAAAUUAUUUUUGCAUUUCCAUUCACUAUGAUCUUGACAUACAGCCCCUAACCCUGUAGAUCCUUUAGAUUCGUGACCAUCCUGAGAGAGACGUUUUACAGCACAAAAAAAUGAACUAGUCAGUGCUCUUAGGUGGAGAAUUAGGGAAUGGAAACGCUGUCUCUGUAUUACAAUAUCUUGUUACUUAUGGGCUGAGAUAUACACCAAUACUGACCGACACUUCAGCCUGGCUCUAAAAGGAAAAAGACUGGCAAAGGAUUGGGAGCAAAACAAAACACAAACUGAGCUCUGUGACUUUACAACAAUAAAAGUUACCGGCCAUUUUAAACAGAGGCUCUGUGACCAGUUCUGGAAUCCAUCCAUGGGUAUGAUCCCUUAUAUUUUCCUCCCUCAACCUAAAAACACUUAACAUUUGUUACCAGAGUCACGUUAUCCUGAUUUACAUCAUUCUGAAAAACAUAAACUGUUAACCAAUCUACAGUAAAUCCCAUUAUUUUAAAUGCUUGUAUUGUACCACUUUCAACUAAGCACUUCAAUGAGUUUCUAAUGGCAGUUCAUCUCCUCACAGGAGUUAAAGGAUACUUAGGAACCCCAAAAACAGCUGCAUCAGUAUAUUACUAGUAUAACAUAACAUCAUCAGCGAAGAAGAACAGCCCUGUUUGUAGCUUUGUGUCAAACCAAUUUUCAGAUAAUCAACAGGUUUUUAAAAACGGUUUGUGGAGCAUUUUCUCAAACCAGAAAAUAAACAUUGAAUCCUUUAAAUCAGAUUGUCGUGUCCCAAAUCCAUACCACAUACUGAUUCUGCACAGGUUUUUAGUAUAGUGUCUUCACAAUAGAAAAGUGACAACUUUGUGGCUCACUAAUCACACAGUAGGCAGCUAAAUAUGGUCGAUUCUAGACACUUUUCACACAAUGCAGUUCCCAGAGAAAAUUAGGUGGGUGCUCACAACUGGAGAAAAUUUAAAAUAAGUUGCGGGUGCAAGGGAAAAAACUCAAGAUAAAUCUUGGAAAACUAAAAUAAGUGAUAUUUAUAGAAAAACGUUUAGCUUUCUGUAAGUUUAACUUGCAGAGACUUUUGGGUGUAUUAUGUAAUUCCCUCAAAACAUAAAAAGGUUAUGUAUGUUAAUGUUUUUGGAUACUAAAUAGGGCUGUACGUUUUUUUUUUUUUUUUU